AUGUCCGCCAAGCACUUCAUCAACGACCCAACCCACCUUGUCCAAACCGCUCUCCACUCCAUCACCCUAACCAACCCCGCCGUCGCCCUCGACGCCUCCAACAAAAUCAUAUACCAGCGCCCCACCUCCACCUCCAACAAUGGCAGCACCGUCUCGCUCAUCUCCGGCGGCGGCUCCGGCCAUGAACCCUCCUUCGCGUCCCUCGUCGGACCGGGCUUCCUCACCGCCUCCGUAGCCGGCACGAUCUUCGCCUCGCCGUCUGCUGAGCAGGUGCGGCGCGCGAUUCUGCAGCGGGUCGAUGGCGCGAAGGGCGUGCUGGUUAUUGUCAUGAACUAUACGGGGGAUGUGCUGAACUUUGGCAUGGGGGUUGAGAAGGCGAAAGCGGGGGGGUUGGAGACGGAGAUGCUCGUUGUGGGGGAUGAUGUGGGCGUGGGGAGGAAGCAGGGGGGAAAGGUGGGGAGGAGAGGGAUUGCGGGGACGGUGUUGGUUUUGAAGGUUGCGGGGGCGUUGGCGCAAAGUGGGGCGUCGCUGAAGGAAGUGUACGAUGUGGCGAGAUUGACGGCGGAUAAUAUCGUCUCGAUUGGUAGCUCGUUGUCCCAUGUGCAUGUGCCGGGUCGGUCGGUCGCGGAGCCAAGCGAGGAGGAUCUCAAAGAAAACGAGGUGGAGAUUGGCAUGGGGAUCCAUAACGAAGCUGGUUCAGAACGGAAGACGAUUGAACUUCCGGAGCUGGUCAAGACCAUGCUAGCGUACAUGCUCGAUCCGUCAGACAAGGACCGCGGCUUUCUGGAGGUCUCUUCGGACGAUGACACAGUCCUCCUAGUGAACAACUUAGGCGGCGUCAGUGUGCUGGAGAUGGGCGGUAUCACGAACGAGGUCGUAGACCAGCUCGAGAAAGACUAUCAGAUCAAGCCAGUCAGGAUACUGUCCGGCACAUACAUGACGAGUCUGAACGGGCUAGGAUUCAGCAUCUCGCUCCUGAAGGUUAAGGAUACCGGCCUCGGGUCAGGGAAGUCGAUGUUAGAGCUGCUGGAUGCACCGGCUGAGGUGACUGGUUGGUCAGCGGCGAUACCUACAAAGACCUGGCAGGAGAAGCCCAGCGCAACGAUGGACAAGGCUGGAGAUACCGAAGAGGCCAAACCGAGCAAUCUCCAGAUAGAUCCGGAUCUGGCUAAGACAGCAUUGACGAGCGGACUCAACCGUGUCAUCGCCGCUGAAUCCGACAUCACCAACUACGACACCAUCGUCGGAGACGGUGACUGCGGCAUUGGUCUUAGGCGAGGGGCAGAAUCAAUCCUCAAGCUGCUGGAGAAAUCAAAGGCUACAGACGACGCUGGCAUCUUCCUGUACAAGAUCACACAGAGCGUGGAAAACUCCAUGGACGGUACCUCAGGCGCCAUCUACGCCAUCUUCCUCAAUGCGUUGGCGCAUGGCCUGCGAACACAGAGUCCGUCUUCACCCGCGCCGGUCACGGUCGAGAUCUGGGCUAAUGCGCUAAACUCAUCGCUCGAGGCGCUGACCAAUUACACACCUGCGAAGCCGGGCGACAGGACGCUCAUGGACGCGCUGUAUCCGUUCGUCGAAAAGCUCGCGGAGACUAAGGACGUCCAUGCCGCGGCCGAGGCGGCGCAGGAGGGCGCAAAGGGCACGAAAGGAAUGAAGGCCAGUCUUGGGCGGACGGUUUAUGUCGGUGGAGAAGGCUGGCAGGGUGUCCCUGAUCCCGGCGCACACGGGCUGGCUGAGUUUCUAAUGGGCUUGAGUGAGGGGCUACGGUGA